GGGGCCCGUCUCAGCCCGCGACCAUUAGGCGGCGGGUGGUUGCCGGGCCGAACCGACCACACCAAAAAGAAAAGCGCGAUGAGGCGGACGGCGUCGAUGCUGUUCAGCGGCCACGCCGGCGCCGGCCGCCGGGGCAUCCCGCAGGCUCUCGCCGACGUGCUGGUCUGCCCCCUCUCCAAGAAGCCUCUCAGGUACUGCGAGGCCAGCGGGUCCCUGGUCAGCGACGCCGUCGGCGUGUCCUUCCCGAUAGAAGAUGGGAUUCCUUGCCUUGUUCCGAAAGAUGGGAUGUUGCUUGAGGACAACUCCGAGAAAUCAGAACAAGAGCCCAGCCCAGCAAUCUAAUCAUUCUUUACCAAGAAGACAUCGUUGGUUGUAAUACCUGAGAUAUCGCUCAUUUCCAAUUAGUGUUCGUUGUAAUGGUUGGCGUUUUUUGCCUUGCUCAGUGUAAUGAAGUGGAUACAUGAUUGUUGUUGUUCACAUGAAAAGGCUAUAUUCUUUCAUCUUGAAUAACAUUAAUGCAUAAAAGUUCGACAAUAAGUUGGUUCU